UAGCCACUAGCCAGAAUAAUACACGGUUAUCUCCUCCGAUCGGGAAAAGGCCACUAUGGAGGAGAGAUAAAGCGUGUUUGACUUAGAUAGCACAUAAACGAUUGCCUCAAAUCCACAGGAAAACAAAAAAAGUUGUUAUUGGAUAAAUACGUCUUCAUCCAUCUCAAACAAGCAGUCAUGAACGAGGAUUUUGACCGAGCUCCGGGAGCCGGGAGAACACGAAACCAUGUUCCAGCAGACCCCGGGUUCGCAGUACUUAACACCGGAGACGGUGGCACCAAAAGCACCCUGUUCAACCAAACGGAGCCGCUGAGGCAGCCGCGAACUUCUCCACCUUUUGGCGAGAGCAACACCGCCGGCGGCGCGAGCAGCGUCCUGGUGGGAGCAGGCAACGCACGACAAAGUUCGACCUCAAACUACGCAUCUGACUCCAGAGGGAGCAGAGACGUGGAUUCCUUGGUCAAGUCAUCGACUCUCUCGGCUAACGCUCCGGAGUUCGUCCCCUCGGGAAUGAUCUCGUAUGAAGAUCCUACCUAUUAUGAUGAUGACAGUGAACACUAUUACGGUGAACCGUCACUGGCAGAUGCAGUCUCAGAGUUUCUCGGUCACCUGAGCUCCUCCCCGGGCUCCUUCGAGUCAGACAUAGAAUACAUAAGUGGCACGCUCAAUUCCUGGGUCACUACUGAAGAGUUGUUGAAGGAGUUGGUGGAACUGGUCUUCACACAGUCUACUGCUAUUCCUAACUUCUCCUACACCGGAGCCAGGCUUUGUAACCACCUUUCCCAUCACCUCGCCUUCAGCGCACAAAGUGGCAACUUCCGUCAACUGCUACUGCAACGGUGUCAUACCGAGUAUGAAAAAAGAGAAGCAGCGGUUCGGGGCGAUCCAGACACUCAGAAGAAAUUUCACUCCUUCGUGCUGUUCCUGGGAGAACUCUAUCUGAAUUUGGAGAUAAAAAGUGUAAAGGGACCUCCGAACAGAGCAGACAUCCUCCUCGUUGCUCUGAAAGACCUGUUGGACAGUCUGCUGUCGAAUCCCGUGGAUGCAAAUCUGAUCUGCACGGUCAAACUGCUGAAGCUGACGGGGUCCAUUCUGGAGGAUGCGUGGAUAAAGCGCAGAAAGUAUCACAUGGAAGAACUGAUCCAAAGAAUUAGAACUGUUCUCCUGGAUGCUGCCUGCAGCAGAGAUGUGAAACAGAUGCUGCUGAAAUUAGUGGAGCUGAGAUCCAGUGACUGGGGCAGAGUCUCUGCUGCUGCAGCGUCCAGUAACGCAACUCCAGACAAUGACCCCAAUUACUUCAUGAAUGAACCUACGUUCUACACUGAAGAUGGUACACCGUUUACAGCAGCAGACCCAGAAAAAUACCAGGAAAUGCUGGACAGACAAGACUAUUUCCCUGAUUAUUAUGGAGAAAAUGGAAACGAAGAAUACGAGUUUGAGGACGAGAUGGACCCCGAGAUAGAAGAAGCGUACGAGAACUUUUGUUUAGAGUCGGAGAGGCAACGACAACAAUGACAGGAGUGUGGAAACCCGAGGGUUAAAGAGUGCGUGUUGUGCUUUUCUUGCUCUUUUGACUGGAAUGUUGCAAAGGAAACGCUGAAUCUUUAUUUUUUACUGCAAGCGGGCCUUUUAACAGCUGUUUAUCAUUUCACUCUGGAAACUUUAUUCAGUCAACAUUAUUAACGGGACAAUCGAUGGAAUAACAGUUCAAAACAAUACACUCUUUUUAAAUUUUGUUUAAAAUUUCCUCGUGAGUUGCUUUGUUUUAAACAAAAUGCCAUGAGGGGAAACGGAGUGCUGUGGAUGCUUUGAGUUAAUGCAUGAAAGACGGUUUUGUUUGAAGAAAUCUGCUCAUUAUUUACCAAGGACUAAUAAUUGCCACAUAACACAAGCCAGAAAUCAGAUUAUUUUUGUAAGAAAUGCACUAUAAAUGUGAGAGGCAGUUGUUUUUCCUCAUAUCUACACACGGUGGGAAUACAGUGUAGCCCUGUGGCUCAGUGUGAUGUUGCCAGCAUUAAGGAAUUCUAUUUAAAGGUUUUCACGUCUGUUUGGCUGUUUUCUUCAUUCGGUUCAGGACCUGUGGAAAAAGUUGUACAGUGAAAAAUGUUUUCUGGAACAGAAACCGCUCAAACUGAAGUUAUUUAAGAGAAAACGUUUUUUAAUCCAUUUGGACGUGAAAUUUAGAGCAUUAAUAAUUUGUUGUAAAAGCUCCAAAAGUCUCAGUAUUGAACUUGUUUAAUGCAAAUAUAUUUACACACACGUCACAGCUGCAGCGCAAGACUGAAUGACUGUUUA